AUGUCCAACGUCAAGAUCCAUGGAAUGUAUUCUUGCCAUUCCCCAUCCCCUCGCGCCUGCAGCUCAUCAGCUGAUGUGACUUUGUGCUCCACCACUUCGACGCACAAGCACCACACAACCUCCAAACAGCAAACCAUACUUCCAUCAAUCUCCCUCGACAUAAGUCAACUGCAGCUGCGCUUGUCCGGGCUGUGGAGUGCAACCUUCGUCGACCUGCUUCUCAACCUUUCUGUAGUGUGCGAUGAGCCCGCAGACGCACACAAGCAGAUUCAAGGCAUAAUUCGGAAGCGCAAGAGGCUUGGUAAGAAGACUGGUGCUACGGCUUCAGGUCUGCGGAAAGUCAUUGCGUACUUUGAGAAUAAGAGAGAUCGGGGUGAGGAUGAGGUUGAGGGCGAAGAAGCACCGCGAGAAGAAGAGAGACAGAUGCGAGAUGAAGAAGUGGCCCAAGAGGAAGCUGAAGUUGAGGACGAAGAAUACCAAGAUGGCUCGUCGAAUAUAUCCCGCUCCGAAGGCGCACAGACACCUCAGCGCAAGCGUCGCAGGUCCUUGGAAGAGGAGGACGACGAGGAGAUCAGUCAGCGCCGCUCCAAGCGCAUUCGCGCAAAAGGCGGAGUGACGAGUGCCACUUUGGAACUAGAAGGUGCUAGUGGAAUCGCUGAGGAUGACAAUGAACUACCUCCAAUUGUUUUGGACGAUUGGGCCUGGGUCUUCGAUGACUUAGACAUAGGACCGAGCGUCCAGGCCAGAGUUGCAACUUCACCACAACCGCCGGUCUUCCCCACAAUCCCUUCUACCGUCGACCAAGGCACUCAGACCGGAGGCAAGCUUCUGAUGGGUCCCAAUUCCCACCACCCCAAAGCGGUAGUUCCAGGAUACGACAAGACCGAGGACCCAUUGAGUGUCUUUCACUUCGGCGACCUACGCCCCAUCCCCGAAAAUUUGAGCUUAGAUGAAGAAAUCGAGCUUAUGUCCAUCCGCAUGGCCAUGGCCCAGGCCAGCGAGAAUCGGUACAUUUCUAGGGGCAUAAAGCAUCAACUCCAUAACAUCAGGGUCUUGCAGAAGCUGAAGUCAGACCAGGAUGCAGCUGACAAUGGAGGUGAUGAGGAUAACGCAGGAAGCAACAGGGGAAAGCAAUCGGCCGAGCAACGGAGAGGGUAA